ACCAAACGCCCCUAAAGUGUGAAUAGCGCAGCCGAACAACUGGUAAUUAGGGUAUAUAAUUUUGAAAAUUCUCUCUUGGCUUAAUUGAGGAAAGUAUACUUUCUUCUCGUUUUUUUUCCUGAGAUCGCCGAUCAAAGUCAACACGCCCCAAAAAGAAGCUUAGAUAUGUCGAAGACAGAGCAGCCGGCCAUAGGAGUACCAUACUAUGUCGGGGUGAAUCCGUACCAGGCUGGAAUGAUACCGCCGAACGCCAUAUACGGCGAUCCCAAGGGAAUCCCGAUUCAGCAAACCAUGUAUCGCGAUACCCCUGCUCCUUUUAACUGCCCUUAUUGUGGUAAUUCCGGACUCACCCAUGUCAGAUCUAAACCUAGCCUGGCAGCGGUUGUUGGAUGCAUGAUGCCGUUUAUGCUUGGAAUCUGCUUCCUUUGCCCUUCAAUGGACUGCCUUUGGCAUAAGUAUCACCAUUGCCCUAAAUGCAAUGAACAAGUUGCUAAUUUUGAGAAAUCAGAUCCAUGUGCAGUGGUGGACGUGCCACAAUGGGUGCAGGAGAGUUUUGCGGUGCCUGCAUGAUAACUCCUGGAUAAAGCACUUCCCUAUGCUGUUGAACCAUUUCUCUGUGUGCUUAGCUUUACUAAAGACUAUGGUCUGGUCAUAUACUCUACACAAAUAUAAAAAACAAUUUUUAGUUCUAAUAUUUGGAAUUGUCAUACCACUAGUGUUAUUAUGGUAUUGGACUCAGUUGCAAGCCCUCUUGUGAAUGUUGUUAUUGUUGUAUUGGACUCAGUUGCAAGCCUCUUG